AUGCCCUAAUAUUCUUGCAAUUAUUUAUUUACACUCCUGAAUUAAAAAGAGUACUUUUUAUUUGGAUCUAGAAUAAAAUUAGAAUAAUAUUACUCACUUGUGUUUUAAUUGAAUUUGAAAUCUUGCUAAAAUAUAACUGCAUUUAGAAAAGAGUCUUUACAUAUAUUUAAUUCAUUAAAUUACUCUGCAUAAGUUGAUUUUAUAAACUAAAUUUCAGGCAAUAAACUUUUUUUUAUUGAGACUUGUUAAACAUUUUAUUUGAAGUAUUAAAUUUUAUCUAAAAAAUCAACAAUUUUUUCUUUCAUUUCUUAAAAAUUGCUGUCACUUAAUUUAUUUAUUUCUAUAGCUUAUUAAUCAAAUAACUAUUAAAAUAUUCUUGAAUGGUUAUCCUUUUGUUAUUAAUAAUAUUUAAUAAAUUAUUUGAGCCAAUUUUUCAUUUCACCUUUAUAAUUGAUAUAAUCUUAAAGAAUUUUUUUUAGAUAAUCAAUUUGCGAUACUUCUUUAUACUUUUAUAUUAUCUAACUCUCAAAGGAAUAAACCUUUUCUACUUAUUGA